AUGAAACAAUUAGAAGAUGAUGUUAAAUUGUAUUCAAAUGUUGACAAUACAUUACCGAUGAGAAUGUUAAGUAAAAAUUCAAAUGAAAAAUCAUGUCGUGAUUUAAAUAAUGAUGAAUAUACAGCAUUUAUAUGGUCUCAAAUUCGUUGUUUUAAAGAAACAUAUUGUUUAACAAAAACAAUUGAUUGGUAUACAAAAGAUUCAUUUGUUUAUCGAUUAUUAAAUAAAGCAUUACGUACAGAAAAUAUUGAUAUUAUAUAUAAAUUUCGUUAUUUUAUUAAAAAUUUACAUGAUAAUUUAAUAGUAUUACAUAAAGAUUUUAUUCAAACAUUACUAUCUCGACAAUUUACUGUUUUUCGUGGUCAACAUUUAUCUGAUAAUGAAUUAAAAAUGUUGUUAAAUAAUAUUGGUGGAUUAAUAUCAAUGAAUUCAUUUUUAUCGACAACAUUCAAUCGUGAUUUAGCAUUAAUGUUUGCAGGUGAUGGUUCAAGUAGUCCUUCAUCUGAAUCUGUUUUAUUUCAAUUAGAAUGUGAUACAAUCAACAAGAAAAAACCUUUUGCUGGUACAAAUACAAGUGAAAAUGAAGUUUUAUUUUCUAUUGGCACAAUAUUUCGAAUUCAAAAUAUUGGAAAAUUAAAAGAUAUAAAUAAUAAAGUUUGGUUCAUAAACUUAACAUUAGAGGAUGAUAAUGAAAACGAAGCACAUAUGCAAGAAUUAAUGGCUUCUACUAUGGCAAAGAUAAGUGCUCGUCCAACAGUCGGAAGCAUAGCAGACGUUUUACGUAACAUGGGUGAAUGUCAAAAAGCCCAAAAAUAUUAUGAAAUAGCUCUUAAAAAUAUUCCAU